CAGUCAAGAGAAUUUCGUCUCAAAUACGAAGCAAACUCAUCUUCAUCUUUGACAAUUGCAGAGUACACAAAUAAAUACAAGGCCAUCCGCUUGGCGAAAGGAUAUGAAUUGGUUUCGCUCGAUUUUAUCCAUUUACAUGAGGACAAAAGUGACUCGAUGGACGCGAAUUGGCCUCUUUUCAAAGAAAGGAUUACUAAGUACAUAAAUAAACAUAAGAAGAGAAUAACUGAAAGCAUUGGCAAAGAAUUGGUGAAGGAAUUGCUAUGCAAAAACAAGAAACUUCAAGAGGAUGGAAACAAAGUGCUAAUAUUGCAGUUGUUGGCGUCACUUUUGCCAGCAAAAGGAAAGGUCCAAAUUGGGAAUAAGUCUAGAAAGCCAUCGAUUGAGUUAUGUCGUAAUUCCCUCAUCUACCACAGGACGGUUGCUGGACAAGUGGCACCAAUCAUUGCAGAUCGCCACAAAGUUGCAAGUGGGUUUGGAAGCACUGUGCAACCAUAUGUCCUUUUCGUUGGUGCAAAUCGCUGGGCAGUCGAUGCCGUUUACGUCAUCAUUGAUGAUUUCUUUUAUAAAUUGAAAACAGUGACAGAAGCUCUCGACGUAUGCUUCAAAGCGUUUUUCGUGUUUAAUGCUCAUUAUCCUCCCGAGUCACAUCAUUUGUGGUUUUUGUUGCAAAAAGAAAUCUAUGAAAUCACAACAGAAGAGGAUGACAAGCAGUUGGAGAGCCAGGCGUUUAUAGAUCGUUUAAGAACGCUCUAAAUUGAUCGAAUAUCUAUUAAUAUCACUUUUAAAUGAAUAAUCUAGAGUAGUAGGUAGUAAUAGACGUGAAUAGAGAUUGAGAAAAUAGUGGAAAAGUGAGAGAUAUAGUGGAGGAAAAAUGGGCAAUCGUGGGGGAAAUUUUGAUUUUGAAACAUCAAUUACUCAAUUGGUUCUGAAAUAUUUAGCACAAUUAUAUAAUGAUGAUGCACUCAGUAAAAAACAAAUACAAUUUAUCGUUCAAACACAUAUCGAUUUACUAAAAACUGGGAUUUUUCAAACGUUAAAACAGGAGGUUUUCAACUAUUUAGAGUUGAUGCAAUGUGAUCAAAUACAAAAAACAAAACGUGAGAGUAUAGUCAAACUUUUCAUACAAUAUGAAAAUAUGUUUCAUGGGUUAGAGACAGAACAUAAACGUGAGUCAAUGUUUCUAAGUACUGGAGAAUUCAUCAAGCCAGAGACAUAUAUUUUAGGAUCUGCUGCCGAAGAUAAACGUGUCCAAGGGAAGACCACACUCAUUCCUAUGGAUUCAACAGCUCAAUACAUACCUAUGAACAGAGUCCUGAAAGCAUUUCUAGAAUUGCCAGGAGUGCUCAAUCAAAUUUCAACAUAUAUGAGAGAAUUGGACGAUAAUGAGGGACCUUUGAUGGAGAAUUUCGUACAGGGGGAUCUAUGGAAAAAAAAAAUCAAACGACUUUUCCAUGGAAAGAUUGUGUUACCACUGGUUGUUUAUACUGACGAUGCUGAGACCGCUGAAUUAGGAUCACACAUGGGAGACAAUCAAUUGGGGGUAAUAUAUUACACUAUCCUUUCGCUGCCUCCAGAGCAUCAAAGUUUACUAAAAAACAUAUUUACAUAUUCCAUUCACUAUGCAGAAGAUAAAAAAUCGUUCUGCAAUUCAGAUGUUUAUCGUUUACUCCUGCAGGAGUUAAUACAUUUAGAGAGAGAUAGGAUCACAGUUGUCGAUGAAAAUGGUGAGUCUCAUCAAAUUUAUUUUGCACUUUGUUUAGUGAUUGGAGAUAAUUUGGGCCUUCACUCUAUCCUGGGAUUUGUUGAGAAUUUCAGGGCUAAUUACCAUUGUAGAAUCUGUAGAGUAUUUAAGAACGAUGCACUCAAUCAAUCUCAAGAAGAUCCAGAAUUGUUGCGAGGUGUAGAGAAUUAUGAAGAAGAUGUGAACAUCAAUGAUUACUCAUUAACAUCCAUAAAAGAGCGAUGUAUUUUCAACGUCUUAGAUUAAUAUCACGUCGUAGUUAAUCAUACAUUGGACAUAAUGCACGAUAUGGAUGAGGGUACGUUGAAUUUGAUUUUAUGUGGUAUUCUUAUGAAGCUCUUCGAAAGGAAGAGAUUUACAGAAGAUAUUCUGAAUGAUCGGAUAUAAUUUUUCGAUUAUGGCUGGGCAGAAAUCGGGAACAAACCUCCUCACAUUGGUAGAGCUCAUAUCAAGAAUAAAAAAUUACAUUUGUCUGCAUCUGAAUGUCUGUGUUUAUUCAGACACUUUGGUUCAAUCAUUGGUGAUCUCGUUCACCUGGACGAUCAAGACCACGACAUAUGGAAACUAUACAUUGUGACAAGAGAAAUUAUCAACUUCACAUCCGCACCCUACGUCAAUCGGAAUUUAAUCCCUCAUAUUGGUUAUUUGAUCAGCAGAAAAAUAAUUAUUUUCAAGGAGCUCUUUCCUUCCUGGAAUGUAACAGCUAAAUUGCAUCAUGGCUUACAUAUCCCAAGAGUACUCAGGGAAGUUGAUCCUCUAUCCCGAAUAUCCUGUUAUAGGUAUGAAUCAAAACAUAAAGGUUUCAAAGAGAACGCUUGAACAUCGCGUAAUCGAAGGAAUUUACCAUUUACACUGGCCACAAGAACUCAAUUAAAAUUAUGUUAUCGACUUUUAAUUGGUGAUGGAUUAAACCGAAAAUUGAAUUUCUUGAGGAUUACUGUGUGUGCUGUUCAAGACUUGGAUAAUUCCAAAAAAUUCAAGUGGCAUCUCCCCCCAUAAAUGAAAGAGAUAAACAUUGUGAAGUGGAUUGAAGUUUCUGGGACUAGAUAUCACGAAGAAAUGAUACUAGUGAUUCGUAUUGAUCAUGAUGAUCAUCCCAUUUUUGCUCAAAUAAAGUUCAUUAUACCUGACGUUAACCAGUCUCAAGUAUCCUUCAUUUUUAAACGAUAUAAAACCGUGACAUUCAAUGAAAAUCUCUGUGCUUACGAGGUCGUAGAAAAAGAUUCAUGGGGGUAUAUCGAUUACCAUAACAUGAUAAAUCAUCUUCCAACUCAUAUUCGAACUGCUGGGAAUGGCAAGUCAUAUGUGUCUUUUCGUCACGUUCUCUAAUUUAGUUUAUAUCGCGCCGUGCAAUAAGUCGAGUUUAUCACACGCUUCGCGCAG